AUGCGGCCUGAAAUUGAGCAAGAGUUGGCCCAUACUCUACUGGUCGAGCUUCUGGCCUACCAGUUUGCUUCCCCAGUGAGAUGGAUUGAGACUCAGGAUGUCAUACUCGCAGAGAAGCGGACAGAACGGAUUGUCGAGAUCGGCCCUGCGGAUACGCUGGGUGGCAUGGCAAAACGGACUCUAGCCUCGAAGUAUGAAGCAUACGACGCCGCCACUUCUGUGCAACGCCAAAUACUCUGUUACAAUAAGGAUGCGAAGGAAAUCUACUACGAUGUCGACCCUGUGGAAGAGGAGGUUGAGACGCCGCCAGAGCCCACAGCUAGUGCUCCGGUUGCCGCUGCUCCGGCCGCUGCUGCUGCAGCCCCAGCGGCAGCCGCUUCUGCGCCUAGUGCUGGACCUGCCGCGGCAAUUGAGGACGCCCCUGUCACGGCGGUGGACGUUCUCAGGACAUUGGUGGCUCAGAAGCUCAAGAAGGGCUUGUCUGAUGUGCCACUGAGCAAGGCCAUUAAAGAUCUCGUCGGAGGUAAAUCUACGCUACAGAAUGAGAUCCUCGGAGAUUUGGGCAAGGAGUUUGGCUCUACGCCCGAAAAACCGGAAGAUACGCCGUUGGACGAGUUAGGUGCAUCCAUGCAGGCCACAUUCAAUGGUCAAUUGGGGAAACAAUCGUCUUCUCUCAUUGCUCGCUUGGUUUCUUCAAAGAUGCCGGGAGGAUUUAAUAUUACUGCCGUCCGUAAAUAUCUGGAGACGAGAUGGGGCUUGGGUUCCGGCAGACAGGACGGAGUGCUUCUUCUUGCGCUUACCAUGGAGCCGCCGUCUCGUAUCGGCUCGGAACCUGAUGCCAAGGCCUAUCUCGAUGAUGUGACCAACAAAUACGCUGCCAGUGCCGGUAUCAGCCUGUCGGCACCCACAACUGGUGGCGAUGGUGGUGCCGGUGCCGGUGGCAUGCUCAUGGACCCCGCCGCUAUCGAUGCUCUGACCAAAGAUCAGCGUGCUUUGUUCAAGCAGCAGCUGGAGCUUAUUGCACGCUACUUGAAGAUGGAUUUGCGCGCUGGUCAAAAGGCGUUCAUCAAUUCCCAGGAGACUCAGAAAACACUGCAAGCGCAGCUUGAUCUCUGGCAGGCCGAACAUGGCGAUUUCUACGCAUCCGGUAUCGAGCCGGCAUUUGAUCCCCUCAAGGCACGUGUCUAUGAUUCUUCUUGGAAUUGGGCUCGACAAGAUGCUUUGAGCAUGUACUAUGACAUUAUCUUUGGAAGACUCAAGGUUGUGGACAGGGAGAUUGUGAGCCGCUGCAUUCGGAUCAUGAACCGAUCGAACCCUCUUCUUCUAGACUUCAUGCAGUACCAUAUCGAUAACUGCCCGACCGACCGGGGCGAGACGUAUCAGCUGGCGAAGGAACUUGGUGAGCAGCUUAUUGAGAACUGCAAGGAGGUGCUUGAUGCUGCCCCUGUCUACAAAGACGUCGCUGUUCCUACCGGACCUCAGACCACUGUCGAUGCUCGAGGAAAGGUUGGUUACAAGGAGGUGCCUCGCGCCAGCGCCCGCAAGCUGGAGCACUAUGUCAAGCAAAUGGCUGAAGGGGGUCCUAUCUCUGAGUACAGUAAUCGUGCCAAAGUGCAAGAUGACCUUCGCAGUGUCUACAAGUUGAUUCGCAGACAACACCGCCUCUCCAAGUCUUCCCAGCUGCAGUUCAACGCCCUUUACAAGGAAGUUAUUCGCGCCCUGAGCAUGAACGAAAACCAGAUAAUGCCCCAGGAGAACGGCAACGGGAAGAAAUCUGGUCGGAGCAGCGUCAAGCACAACGGCAGCCCUCGGGCUGGAAAGAUUGAGACAAUCCCGUUCUUACAUUUGAAAAAGAAGAACGAGCAUGGCUGGGAUUACAACAAGAAACUUACCGGCGUCUACCUAGACGUUCUGGAAUCGGCAGCGCGGUCGGGUCUGACAUUCCAGGGCAAGAAUGUUCUGAUGACUGGUGCUGGUGCUGGUUCCAUCGGUGCCGAGGUACUUCAGGGCCUGAUUAGCGGUGGCGCUAAGGUGAUUGUCACGACGAGUCGAUUCUCCCGCGAGGUCACUGAGUACUACCAGGCCAUGUACGCCCGCUAUGGUGCUCGUGGCUCUCAACUCGUCGUUGUGCCCUUCAACCAAGGCAGUAAGCAGGACGUGGAAGCACUUGUCGACUAUAUCUACGACACAAAGAAGGGCCUCGGCUGGGACUUGGAUUUCGUCGUCCCAUUUGCUGCCAUCCCGGAAAAUGGUCGCGAGAUUGAUUCGAUCGAUUCCAAGUCUGAAUUGGCUCAUCGCAUUAUGCUCACAAACCUGCUGCGACUCCUUGGCAGCAUCAAGGCACAGAAGCAAAACAACGGUUUCGAAACCCGUCCCGCACAGGUCAUCCUUCCCUUGUCUCCCAAUCACGGUACAUUCGGAAAUGAUGGGUUAUACUCGGAGUCGAAGUUGGCCCUGGAGACUCUUUUCAAUCGCUGGUACUCAGAGAACUGGAGCAACUACCUAACCAUUUGUGGUGCUGUCAUCGGCUGGACGCGCGGUACAGGCUUGAUGAGCGGUAACAACAUGGUUGCCGAAGGAGUUGAAAAGCUUGGUGUCCGUACCUUCUCCCAGCAGGAGAUGGCUUUCAACCUCCUCGGUCUUAUGGCUCCCGCUAUUGUCAACCUUUGCCAGCUUGAUCCUGUCUGGGCCGAUCUCAACGGUGGCCUUCAGUUCAUUCCUGAUCUCAAGGACCUGAUGACGAGACUCCGUACUGACAUCAUGGAGACCAGUGAUGUUCGCCAAGCAGUUAUCAAAGAGACUGCCAUUGAGAAUAAGGUUGUCAAUGGUGAAGACAGCGAGGUCCUCUAUAAGCGCGUGGUUGCCGAGCCUCGUGCCAAUAUCAAGUUCCAGUUCCCGCAAUUACCUGAAUGGGAAAAGGAUGUUCAACCUCUCAAUGGAAAUCUCAAAGGCAUGGUCAACCUUGAUAAGGUGGUUGUUGUCACCGGUUUCUCGGAGGUCGGGCCUUGGGGUAACUCCCGUACCCGCUGGGAGAUGGAAGCCUAUGGCAAGUUCUCCCUCGAAGGAUGUGUUGAGAUGGCCUGGAUCAUGGGCUUGAUUAAACAUCACAAUGGUCCUCUCAAGGGCAAGGCCUAUUCAGGAUGGGUCGAUGCGAAGUCAGGCGAGCCUGUGGAUGACAAAGAUAUCAAACCCAAAUAUGAGAAGCACAUUCUCGAGCAUUCGGGUAUCCGACUCAUCGAGCCUGAAUUGUUCAAGGGAUAUGAUCCCAAGAAGAAGCAACUUCUCCAGGAAAUUGUUAUCCAGGAAGAUCUCGACCCGUUUGAAGCGUCGAAAGAAACUGCCGAAGAGUUCAAGCGCGAGCAUGGUGACAAAGUGGAAAUCUUCGAACUGCCCGAAUCGGGAGAAUACACUGUGCGCCUCAAGAAGGGGGCUACUUUGCUUAUUCCCAAGGCCCUGCAGUUCGAUCGUCUCGUUGCUGGCCAGAUUCCCACAGGAUGGGAUGCCAAGCGGUACGGUAUCCCAGACGACAUUAUCGAGCAGGUUGACCCAGUGACGUUGUUCGUUCUUGUCUGUACCGCGGAGGCAAUGCUUUCCGCUGGUGUGACCGAUCCUUACGAGUUCUACAAGUAUGUUCACUUGUCUGAGGUCGGUAACUGCAUCGGUUCGGGCAUUGGUGGUACUCAUGCCUUGCGAGGCAUGUACAAAGAUCGCUACUUGGACAAACCGCUUCAGAAGGAUAUCCUGCAGGAAUCCUUCAUUAAUACCAUGAGCGCUUGGGUUAACAUGCUUUUGCUGUCCUCCACCGGUCCGAUUAAGACCCCCGUCGGUGCCUGUGCCACAGCAGUCGAAUCCGUUGAUAUCGGUUAUGAGACUAUUGUGGAGGGCAAGGCUCGUGUCUGCUUUGUUGGCGGAUUUGACGACUUCCAAGAGGAAGGAUCGUACGAGUUCGCUAACAUGAAGGCCACCAGCAAUGCGGAAGAUGAAUUUGCCCACGGCCGCACCCCGCAGGAGAUGUCGCGUCCCACCACCACCACCCGUGCAGGCUUUAUGGAGUCGCAGGGAUGCGGUAUGCAGCUUAUCAUGAGUGCCCAGCUGGCCUUAGAUAUGGGUGUGCCGAUCUAUGGUAUCAUUGCUUUGACGACGACCGCUACAGACAAGAUUGGCCGAUCUGUUCCCGCCCCUGGUCAAGGUGUCCUCACCACCGCGCGGGAGAAUCCUGGCAAGUUCCCGUCCCCGUUGUUGGAUAUCAAAUACCGCCAGCGUCAGCUUGACCUGCGCAAAAAGCAAAUCAAGGAAUGGCAAGAAUCUGAACUGCUUUACCUUCAAGAGGAGGUUGAAGCCAUGAAGUCUCAAAGCUCCGAUGCUUUCGAUGAAUCGGAGUAUCUGCAGGAGCGGGCCAGACACAUUGAACGAGAAGCUGUCCGACAGGAGAAGGAUGCCCAAUUCAGUCUCGGAAACAACUUCUGGAAGCAAGACCCCCGUAUCGCCCCUCUCCGCGGCGCUCUUGCAACCUGGGGCCUCACUGUUGACGAUAUUGGUGUUGCCUCCUUCCACGGUACCUCUACUGUGGCGAACGACAAGAACGAAUCUGAUGUCAUCUGUCAGCAAAUGAAGCAUCUGGGUCGUAAGAAGGGAAAUGCGCUGUUGGGCAUUUUCCAGAAGUAUCUUACUGGACAUCCCAAGGGCGCUGCUGGAGCUUGGAUGUUCAACGGCUGCUUGCAGGUUCUCGAUAGCGGCUUGGUUCCUGGGAACCGUAAUGCCGACAAUGUGGAUAAGGUCAUGGAGAAGUUCGAUUACAUCGUCUAUCCUAGCCGCAGCAUUCAGACCGAUGGCAUCAACGCCUUCUCAGUCACAUCGUUCGGUUUCGGUCAGAAGGGUGCCCAGGUCAUUGGAAUUCACCCCAAGUACCUUUACGCGACUCUGGACCGGGCACAGUUCCAGACCUACAAGGCCAAGGUUGAGGCCAGGCAGAAGAAAGCCUACCGUUACUUCCACAAUGGUCUCAUCAACAACAGCAUCUUCGUCGCGAAGGACAAGGCUCCAUACGAAGAUGCUCAACAGAGCAAGAUCUUCCUCAACCCGGACUACCGCGUUGCGAUCGACAAGAAAACGUCGGAGCUCAAGUUCCCCGCAGCCCCUCCAAAGGCCAGUGGGAAAGGAACUGAGAGCACAAGAACGAUGAUUGAGUCACUCGCUCAAGCUAACGCCUCUGAGGAUUCGAAAGUGGGUGUCGACGUGGAAAACAUUGAGAGUUUCAACAUAGACAAUGAAACGUUCAUCGAGCGAAAUUUCACUGCCAGUGAGCAGGAAUAUUGUCUGAAGGCACCCUCUCCCCGCGCAUCCUUUGCUGGCCGGUGGAGCGCCAAAGAGGCCGUUUUCAAGUCCUUGGGCGUUAGCAGCAAGGGCGCUGGCUCUCCACUGAAGGAUAUUGAGAUUGCCGCUGAUUCGACUGGAGCGCCUGUUGUUCAUCUUCACGGUGUCGCUGCCGAGGCCGCCGAGCAGGCUGGCGUUAAGCAAGUCAAUGUCAGCAUCAGCCACAGCGAUACGCAGGCCGUCGCGGUUGCUGUGUCCAAGUUCUAA